CACAAGUGCCGUACCACAGAUCAUCAACUACCUCAAGCGCACUCUAGCUAGCAACUCCUGAACCAUCUUCUCCAUAAUUCAGAGCGCGUGCAUUCGGUAACUCCAAGUUCGCUGAUCAAAUGGAGGCCCAGAACCAGGAGGUGGCAGCGCUGGUCCAGAAGAUCACGGGCCUGCAAGCCGCCAUCGCCAAGCUGCCGUCGCUGAGCCCAUCCCCCCAGGUGGACGCGCUGUUCACGGAGCUGGUGACCGCGUGCGUGCCGCCGAGCCCCGUGGACGUGACGAAGCUGGGCCCGGAGGCGCAGAGGAUGCGCGAGGAGCUGAUCCGCCUCUGCUCCACCGCCGAGGGCCACCUGGAGGCGCACUACGCCGACAAGCUUGCCGCCUUCGACAACCCGCUGGACCACCUCGACUGCUUCCCCUACUACAGCAACUACAUCAACCUGAGCAAGCUGGAGUACGACCUGCUCGCACGCUACAUGCCUUCAUCAUCUGGCAUCGAGCCGGCCCGCGUGGCGUUCGUGGGCUCCGGCCCGCUGCCGUUCACGUCGCUGGUCCUGGCGGCGCGCCACCUGCCCAACACGCUGUUCGACAACUACGACUGGAGCGAGUCGGCCAACGAGCGCGCCAGGAAGCUGGUCCGCGCCGACAAGGACGUCGGGGCGCGCAUGUCGUUCCACACGGCGGACGUGGCGAAGCUCACGGGGGAGCUGGGGAAGUACGACGUGCUGUUCCUGGCCGCGCUGGUGGGCAUGGCGGCGGAGGACAAGGCUACGGUGAUCGCGCACCUGGGCGCCCACAUGGCGGACGGGGCGGCGCUCGUGGUGCGGAGCGCGCACGGGGCCCGCGGGUUCCUGUACCCGAUCGUGGACCCGGAGCUCAUCACCCAGGGCGGCUUUGAGGUUUUGGCCGUGUACCACCCCGACGAUGAGGUUGUCAACUCGGUGAUUAUUGCGAGGAAGGCGGCCGAUGCGCGUGGGCUCGGUAAGGAGGAGAAUGGGCGUGGUGCGCGUGGCCACGCGCCGGUGCCGGUGCCGGUGGUGAGCCCGCCUUGCAGGUGCUGCAGCAAGAUGGAGGCCGGCAUGCUGGAGAAGAGCGUGGAGUUUGCCACCACUGAGCUCUCCUUUUGAUCGGACGCUCGUGGACGUCGCCGGCCAACAAACAAUAAUUCCGGCACGAGUAUAAUUAAUAUACUCUAUCGUGUGCUGUUGUCUACCAAGGUAAGUUUGUAUCGUAGUAGUAAUCCUAUGUCUUGCAAGUGUGAUGUUUACGCCUACGUACGUGCCUAUAUGUACUCGACACCAAACACUGGCAACAGGACAGUGUGGGUGUCGUCGUUUGUUUGUACGGUGUAACCGUUGGAAAUAAAAAGGAUGUUCAUUUUCCUUCAAAUGAUAAAUGGGAAAUCUAGUGGAACGUUCUAUAUA